UUCUUCCUCUCCCUCUGCGUCGGCAUCCCGGAACUGUGUUAUUGCUCCGCUGUCAUCGCCUCUUCUCGCCUGCACUCCUCUUACGUCACAUACGUUGUCAGAAAGCUGCACCAACCAUCAGGCAGAUACACCAUCCGCUGCAGCUUUGCUCACCCAGUCACUCUUUAACACGUAGCCUGCCAAGUCAUCCCACCUCUGCCUCUGCGCUGUCCUCGCUAUCUGUACACGGUGUGCCAUCAUCACGCUCCUCCCCGUCUGUGUAGCACGACGACCGACUCCAGCGUAGCGCGUCAUUCGACCCUACUUCGUCAAUCUUCUUCCCUCUUCCAUAUUCCACAUUCCUCAUCGUCUUCUGCCCUUUCUUCCCUCUCCUCUCUUGGAACUGUUUUGCCAUCAACCCCAAUUCACGCCCAUCCCCCCUCCCCGUCCUCCUCGCUGGUUACUUGCUCUCCAUCAACUCCCCUCCAGCCUUGCUCCCUCUAGCAAGUCCAGAUGACCCUAUUUGCUCAACGGUGUCCGACUUCCAUUACGCCUAUCAGCAACUUUACCAGUACCACUAUCGUCCUUAUUCACAACAGCACGAUAUAGUCGUGUAUCUCCCGCGUGGUGCUAGUCACUGCUAGCACUUCCCGGCUAGCCACAAACCUCUAUUUGCUAGCCGUUGGAGGCUCUCUCCAACUCUUCCCCCCCUCUGUUUACCUUUUCCUCCAAAUUUUCGCAACUACAUGUUAUUAAUCCGCAACAAUUUGUCUUCUUUGUGGACUUUUUUACCCUUCUUCCCUUACCUCUUGCUCCUCCUUUCCCUUCCCCCCUCAACGAUGGCGUUUCCCCACCCGCCGCUCGCGACACCCACACCCCCUCCGAUCGUCUACACCAACCACCAACCACACCGGAACAAGCCCCAGCCCCCGCCUCCCCCAGAUCAUACCUAUGAACGAGUCGACAAGCUAAUCAAGCAGAGGCGAGCGGUGCUAAGAGGGUAUGAUCAGCAGGGGCACGAGGUUGUAGGACCAGAUUUGGAUUUGGAGGAAAGGACGGAGCUCGUGGGGCGACAAGCGUGGAACACAUCAUACCCGUCCUGCGAUGACGUGGGAAACAGUAUCCUCUCCUGCUAUCCCAUUCAAGGGCUCACACUCGUCGAGUCAGAUUGGACAAAGUUCAUCUGGAACCUCCGCCAACCGCAGUUCAUCGGUGCCGUCACCGUGGACGUUUACCUCUUCCACGCCGACUCGGACUUGAUGGCCUUGUCCUUCCCCGGGCAACAGAAUGCCGCUGGCCAGAUCGGGGUUCAGGUGAAUGACACGUGGUGGGGACCGAGGGGCGACACAUUCGAUGGAGAGAACGUGACGUUUCCCUACUACUUCGUGGUUGUGCCCGGUGGGACAGUGCUGACGGGCGGGGAGAGCCGGCUGGCAACGUUCCUUGCUAUCCAAACUGCCACACCGGGAACACUGGCCUCAGUUUCGUCAGCGUCUCUCGCUUCCAUCGCUGCGCAAGCGUCCGAGUCCUCCGCAUCGGUCCUCUCCGUUGAGUCUGUCGCCUCCGUCUCCCUCACCUCCCUCGCCCUUGCUUCCGCCUCCUCCGCCUCCAUUUCCUCCCAGUCAAUAGAAUCCAUCCUCUCGUUCUCAUCCGCCCUGCCUACCCUAUCAGCUCUCUCCGUCGCAUCCCCAGCUGUCUUCUCAUCCCUCUCCGUCGAGUCCAUAGCAUCCGCCGCAUCCCUCGCCUCCGUCUCCCAAUCCUCCGUCGCAUUCACCCGCACUUCGAACGGCACAGUGCCCACCGGUGAUCUCCAGGGUGGGUUAGGCAACGGCAGUGGCACACCAGCAUGGACGAUCGCUGUUCCCACUGUGCUCGGGUUCCUCGCUCUACUGUUCUUCUGCGCACUCCUGUUCCUAGCAUCACGCUGGUUCCGCUGGCGCCGCGCCGAGCUCGCAAGAAGAGGAAGCAUGGGAAGCCAAAGUCCGAUGAUGGCCAACAUGCCCGGUGAGCCAGCUAGCAAGCCGCCUAAACCUCCUUCCCCAGCGCUAGGGGGGGACGCAGCUGGAGCCACGUUAUCCCGGGACGGCAGCAGUGCGACUACCCGCCCUCAAGUCAUGACCCGCUCAGCCGAGGGAAACCCUGACAUCACCCUCUCUGGCGGUCCUGGCGACCUGAGCCGCUCCGCCAGCGGAGCCUCGCCCUUCUCCGGUGUGGACGCAGCGAUCAUGGCGCGCGCAUUCAGGGAAGCGCUCAACAAGCCAGAUUUCUCUAGCCCGGUAGAGGAAGGCAGCAGCGGCCCUGGCUCGCAGGAGAAUGCGCAGAAUGGAGCUGACAGCCCUGGGGGGAGCAAGGAUGGACACACGACGGAAGAGGGAUUCAGCCGCGUAGGCCAGAUCGUACAGGAAGAAGGGGGCCGCGUGGGGCGUGUAGGCCAACAGAGCGUGCGGGUCCAAGGCCCGGGGGCGUCUAACGGCCAGGGCUAAGCCGAACGAAGAACGCUUCAUCUCUUCCCUUCCCUUCCCUUUUCUUUUUUUCAGGGAACACUCACUCUUGGACUGUAUUACUUGUUCUCUUCGUGAGCCUCUUGUCUGGCCCACAAUCCGUUUCCCUCGCAAAGGUAUCAGCGCUGUCAUUCAUUUCACUCCCCCGUUGUCUCUAUUUCGUUCGAACUGUCCAUAUUCCAGGUCUUCCUUGUCACGAGCGGCGUUUCCAGCGGUCGGCGGCGUUUCCCCCUUACAAAUUAAACCCGGUGCACCUCUCGUCGGUGGCACAUAGUACAGCUCGGUGGGUCGAUACAAACGGCAGGGUGGCGGAGUCGGUGGGGUUUGGUGUUAGUUUUUUAGGUCGCUGUAGUUGUGGUGUCGGGUGUCGUAUAUCCUCCAAGCCCGUAAGCAAGUGUCUACUCUUACACG